CUCAUUUCUACGACGUUGUUUGGAAAUUUUGUUUUACGAAAUCGUCUCAUAUCGAUUUCUCAUUACCAUUGUAAUUGUUGUUCAGAUAUUGAUCGGCCUGUAGUAAUUUGGCUCGUGUAUAGAGCCCUCAGGCCUAGAGGAUGACACAAGAAUCGUCAUCUGAGCAAGAACUUGAAGAUUCUGAUGUUGAUUUCGUCGAAGUCGAUCCCACUGGUCGUUAUGGUCGGUACAAAGAGAUUCUAGGAAAAGGUGCUUGCAAAAAAGUAUACAGAGCGUUUGAUGAAUUGGAAGGUAUAGAGGUAGCUUGGAAUCAGGUGAAGGUGGCAGAUUUGUUGCGUAACUCCGUGGAUUUGGAGCGUUUGUAUUCUGAAGUUCACUUGCUCAAGACAUUAAAGCAUAAGAACAUCAUCAAGUUUUACAAUUCAUGGGUUGAUACGAAAAAUGAGAACAUCAACUUCAUCACAGAGAUUUUCACUUCUGGGACUUUGCGGCAGUACCGCAAGAAACAUAAGCACGUUGAUAUAAGAGCCUUGAAGAAAUGGUCCAGACAAAUUUUAGAAGGACUUCUGUAUCUACACAGUCAUGACCCACCAGUUAUCCAUAGAGAUUUGAAGUGUGACAACAUUUUUGUUAAUGGAAACCAAGGUGAAGUGAAGAUAGGGGACUUGGGUUUGGCUGCUAUUCUUCAGCAGGCUCGAGCAGCUCAUAGCGUCAUUGGUACACCUGAGUUCAUGGCACCUGAGUUGUAUGAGGAGGAAUACAAUGAGCUUGUCGACAUCUAUGCGUUUGGCAUGUGCUUGUUGGAGCUAGUCACCUUUGAGUAUCCAUAUGUAGAAUGUUCAAAUGCUGCUCAAAUAUAUAAGAAAGUGACAUCGGGUAUAAAACCAGCAUCAUUAGCAAAGGUACAAGAUCAGAGUGUGAAAGCAUUUAUUCAAAAGUGCAUAGCAAGUGUCGCUGAUCGAUUAUCUGCAAGAGAACUCUUAAUUGAUCCGUUUCUCCGAUCAGAUGAAGAAAGUGAAUCUGUAGCUCAUUGUAUACAAUCAAAUGCUACCCAUUUAUCUGAAUCUGGGAGUGGAAGCAUUGAUCAAACCAAUUUUUUAAGAAUUGGAGGAGAUUGUUCAAGUGAUCACACUAGAGACUUCAUUGUACAAGGCCAGAGGAAAGAUGUAAAUACAAUAUUCUUGAAGUUACGAAUUGCAGACUCUACAGGUCAUUUUCGCAAUAUCCAUUUCCCUUUUGAUAUUGAAGUGGAUACGGCACUUGCUGUUGCAAGUGAAAUGGUUGAGGAGUUGGACUUAACUGAUCAAGAUGUAUCGAUGAUUGCUGAAAUGAUUGAUACAGAAAUUCGAUCUCAUAUUCCAAACUGGGCAUCUGAGCCGAAUGAUGAGGGUGGAAACACUAUAGAUGCAGAGACAUUUGAUAAUGAGACCAAAGAUGAUGAAAAUAAGGAUGAAGGCUCUCCCUUUUCUAAUGAAUCAACUUGCUCAUCAAGUGCCCUUGCGUUGGAAAUAUUGCCUUCGGGGAGGAAAUAUUGGUCAGACUCUCCUAAGGGAGUCGGACUAAGCUCUCCAAAAAGGUCUGGACCAUCUCGUUUAGCAGAUCAUGAAGAUUCUCACUCGAUUCAUGAACUUGACCAUCAUGAUAGUGGUGUUGAUUCACCUGAAAUAUUGGUUGUUGGGACAACUGCAAAUGAUGAUAACGAACAUAAAGAUUCAGAUUCUACUGGGAUUGCAACUACAGUUGAAUUAGAUGUUAAGGUAGUGGAUGAAAAUUUUAAGCAUUUGUUGCAAAAACAACAUGAGGAAUUGGAUGAACUAAAGAGAAAACACGAAGUAGCCAUUUUAGACUUCUUAAGUGAACUCUCUCCUGGAAUUCGUAGGGAUAUAUUGAGUACUUGUACCUUAGAACUACCUAAAUCAAGGAUUCCUAGGAGCAAUAACAUGUGAGGAAUUUAAUUGUAGAAGUGGUCUGUCUAGCAUUCUGCAACAACUAGAUGGUGGAUGUGACUGGACUAGCUUGAUGCUUUCAAGGAGACUUCCUCACAAUGGAUGAUGAUUCUAAAAGGAUAAUGGAGGGGUUGAUGGCUUGUGAACAUCAUUGGACCUCUAGCAAUCAUUUGGCAAAAUAUGGAAGUUUAUGCAUAAUUUUAAUGGAAUGGUAUUUGCUCAAGAUUAUUAGGCUUGAGAGUCAAUUAUGUAGAGGAGUAGAAGGAUGUGUAGUAUUUAUUGUGAUUCUUGGCUCACACAAAAAAGUGGAAGCAGCAUUACAAUUAAUAUUUUACAUAGUACAAUGCUAGGGUGAAAGAUUGUCAAAGUUUGUAGCAACAGUUUCUUUAUCUCUUGUUUUUUUCUUGUAAGUAAUUUUGGCUAAUUGUAUACUUGUAUAUAAGGUUUAAAUUUUUCUCAAUUUUGUUUUCCUAUGU